GGGCAAAAUGCAAACCCUCGUUCCAAGACCUCUCUUUCAAUAGACCUAUUUGACGAAAGGGCUUCAGUCAGAAGGUGAUAUUCUAAUUUGGUUUCUUGAAGAUGUAUGUGGUGAAGAGAGAUGGGCGUAAGGAAUCUGUUCACUUUGACAAGAUCACAGCUCGUCUAAAGAAGUUGAGUUAUGGUCUUAGCACUGACCACUGUGAUCCAGUUCUAGUCUCUCAGAAGGUAUGUGCCGGUGUAUACAAGGGUGUCACCACAAGUCAACUCGAUGAAUUGGCGGCUGAAACUGCUGCUGCCAUGACUGCUAAUCAUCCAGAUUAUGCUUCUUUGGCUGCAAGAAUCGUUGUCUCCAAUUUGCACAAAAACACCAAGAAGUUGUUUUCAGACACGAUUAAGGAUAUGUAUAAUAAUGUCAAUGAAAGAUCUGGUCAAGAGGCUCCUUUGAUAGCUGAUGAUGUCUAUCAAAUAAUAAUAAAGAAUGCUGCAAGACUGGACAGUGAGAUCAUUUACGAUCGAGAUUUUGACUAUGAUUAUUUUGGUUUCAAAACCCUUGAGAGAUCCUAUCUUCUGAAGAUUCAGGGACGGGUAGUUGAGAGGCCUCAACAUAUGUUGAUGAGGGUUGCUGUUGGUAUCCAUAAAGAAGAUAUUGAUUCUGCAAUAAAGACUUACCAUUUGAUGUCCCAGAGAUGGUUUACACAUGCAUCACCUACCCUUUUCAAUGCAGGGACUCCAAGACCUCAGUUGAGCAGCUGCUUCUUGAUAUGUAUGAAAGAUGAUAGCAUUGAAGGAAUUUAUGAUACUUUGAAAGAGUGUGCUAUUAUCAGUAAGUCAGCUGGAGGAAUUGGUGUUUCUGUCCAUAACAUCCGCGCUACUGGAAGUUAUAUCCGUGGAACGAAUGGCACAUCCAAUGGAAUUGUCCCAAUGCUACGAGUGUUUAAUGACACAGCUCGUUAUGUUGAUCAAGGGGGUGGAAAGAGGAAAGGUGCUUUUGCUGUAUAUCUUGAGCCAUGGCAUGCUGAUAUAUUUGAAUUUCUUGAUUUGAGGAAAAAUCAUGGAAAGGAAGAGCACAGAGCUAGAGAUUUGUUUUUUGCUCUAUGGGUACCUGAUCUCUUCAUGGAAAGAGUCCAAAAUAACGAGAACUGGUCACUGUUCUGUCCAAACGAGGCACCAGGUUUGGCUGAUUGUUGGGGUGAAGAAUUCGUGACCCUGUACACCAAGUACGAGAGAGAGGGGAAGGCAAAGAAAGUUGUGAAAGCACAACAUAUUUGGUUUGAGAUAUUGAAAUCCCAAGUAGAAACUGGGACUCCAUACAUGUUAUAUAAGGACACUUGCAACAAAAAGAGCAACCAACAGAAUCUGGGAACUAUUAAAUCUUCAAACUUGUGCACGGAGAUAAUUGAAUACACAAGUCCAACAGAAACUGCUGUGUGCAAUCUAGCAUCAAUAGCUUUACCACGAUUUGUUAGAGAGAAGGGUGUUCCACUGGAAUCACAUCCAUCUAAACUUGUUGGCAGCAAAGGUUCUAGAAACCGCUAUUUUGAUUUUGACAAACUAGCAGAGGUUACAGCUACAGUGACUACAAAUCUCAACAAAAUAAUUGAUGUUAAUUACUACCCUAUUGAGACUGCUGAAAGGUCAAACAUGCGUCAUAGGCCAAUUGGUAUAGGAGUUCAGGGCCUCGCAGAUACUUUCAUCUUACUAGGCAUGCCAUUUGAGUCACCAGAGGCACAACAGCUUAACAAAGACAUCUUUGAGACAAUAUAUUACCAUGCUCUCAAAGAUUCUUCUGAAUUGGCAGCAAAGGUAGGUGCUUAUGAGACAUAUAAUGGAAGUCCCGUUAGCCAGGGUAUACUCCAGCCAGAUAUGUGGGGUGUUACACCUUCAAAACGCUGGGAUUGGGAUGCCCUUAGAGCUAUGAUAGCAAAGGAUGGUGUGAGGAAUUCACUUCUUGUAGCACCCAUGCCCACUGCUUCAACCAGCCAAAUUCUUGGAAAUAAUGAAUGCUUUGAACCUUACACAUCAAAUAUUUACAGCCGCAGAGUUUUAAGUGGGGAAUUUGUUGUGGUGAAUAAGCAUCUUCUUCACGAUUUAACUGAGAUGGGGCUAUGGUCUCCUGCUCUGAAGAAUCAGAUUAUAUAUGAAAAUGGUUCUGUUCAGAAAAUUCGUCAAAUUUCUGAAGAGAUAAAGCCAAUUUACAAAACUGUUUGGGAGAUUAAGCAGAAGACAUUAGUUGAUAUGUCAGUUGAUCGUGGAUGCUACAUAGACCAAAGCCAAAGCCUUAAUAUCCACAUGGACGAGCCAAAUUUUGGAAAACUGACUUCCUUGCAUUUCCAUACUUGGUCAAAGGGUUUGAAAACAGGGAUGUAUUACUUGAGAACCCGUGCUGCUGCUGAUGCAAUAAAAUUCACAGUUGAUACAACCAUUCUCCAAGGAAAGACCAAGGUGAAAGAAGAAGAAGAUGAUGAUCUCGAUACCCAGAAGUCACAGAUGGUAUGUUCCUUGACCAACCGAGAAGAUUGCAUGGCAUGUGGCAGUUGAAGCUCUUUUUGUUGUAACAUCAUUUUCUUAAUCCACGUCUUUAAAUAUGGGUGUGAUUGUGUUUUAACACACAUCUUCCUUAUGUUAUAAAACAAUAUAUAGUUCCUACUUCUUACAAUAAAUAUUGU